UGUCUUUCCCCCUACGUAACUGAUCUUUGUUUCGGGACGCUAAUGUAACUUGGCGAUUUUCACGCUUCAUUUUUGUCAAAUUUAUUUACCCCCAAAAUAUAUGCUACAACAAAUUUUGAAAGCUGAAUUUGUCAUCUGGAUUCAAUAUGGAACAACAUCAUCGAACUCAACACCAGGAAAUUUGAAAUUUCGUUUGAUUUUUUUUUUUUUUUUUUUUUGCAAUUAGAAGAACACAAUGCGCCAUUCCAAGUUGUCAAGGUACUUCAGCUUCACGGCGUCUCGCGAUUGGUUCUACCGUUAUUCGUUCGGCAAUGCAGGCCUUCGUUCGAUCAGGACUGAUCUCGGCGAAGGCACCGUCAUGCACUGUUGGGUACCAAAAUGCCACAACGCUUCCAGGCCCAAUCUCCUCCUUGUUCACGGAUUCGGUGCCAAUGCCAUGUGGCAAUACGGUGAGCAUCUCCGCCACUUCACAUCUCGAUUCAACGUCUAUGUGCCGGACCUUAUCUUCUUCGGUGAAUCCUACACGACGAGAAGCGAGCGGACGGAGUCGUUCCAGGCUCAAUCGUUGAUGAAACUGAUGGAGGCGCACGGAGUGCCAAGAAUGAGCUUGGUAGGCAUAAGCUACGGCGGGUUCGUGGGGUACAGUAUGGCGGCACAGUUUCCAGAGAAAAUGGAGAAGUUGGUGUUGUGCUGCGCUGGGGUUUGCUUAGAGGAGAAGGAUUUGGAAGAGGGUUUAUUUAAUGUAUCGGAUUUGAAUGAGGCUUUGAGUAUUUUGUUGCCACAGACGCCUGAGAGACUGAGGGACCUGAUUAAAUUUUCCUUCGUCAAGCCAAUAGGCAAGUGGGUGCCAAGCUUUUUUCUCUCAGAUUUCAUUGAUGUAAUGUGUACAGACCAUCUUAAAGAGAAAAGAGAGCUGCUAGUGGCAAUACUAGAAGAUAGAAAGCUCAGCAACAUUCCUAAGAUCACACAGAGCCUAUUGAUAAUAUGGGGAGAAGAAGAUAAGAUAUUCCCAUUGGAACUUGGCUACAGAUUAAAAAGGCAUGUGGGGGAAGAGGCUAAGAUUGUAGUGAUUAAGAAUGCAGGGCAUGCUGUAAACAUAGAAAAGUCAAAGGAUUUCAUGAAGCACUUAAAAUCUUUCCUUUUUGAUUCUCUAACACCUCAUCGUCCCCCUUCCCUUUUACCCCUUUUCGAUUCUUUAUGGUCCUAGUUUUAACUUUACAUUUCAAUAUUAGUAUUACCUCUCUCUUUUUUCUUCUCAAUAACUUCAAUCUCAUCCAUCCUUUUAUUUAUACAUUUUUAUUACAUUUAAAUAAUCCUUCACUUUUUAAAUUAAACCUUAGCUUUUCAUUUAUAUCCAAAUAAACCCUUAAUAUAAUUACUUCUUUUUUCAUUUAAAAUAAGGGUUUAUUUAGAUAAAAUGAUAAGAGUUUAUUUGGAAUAAAUGUCAAAGGGUUAGGCUUCAGCUCUCUGUUGAAGAUGUUGAAAGGGUUUAGACAAAAUAAAUAGGGUUUGUAUUGUCUCUAGCUCAAGCUAAAGGUUUAUCUCUCAACUCUAAUUAGACAUAUACGCUUGCCAUUUAAAGGGAAAAGAUUCAAACCUACUAUUCGUGGAUGCUCAUGUUUACAGGUGCUCUUACUCUAUAAACUCAGCCUAAAGCAUUUUAGCUCUUAUCAAAAUCAGGAGACAAAAUCCUAGUUUAAUUAAGGGAAAAUAUUGACUCGUUAAGGGGUUCGACAGCUUUAGUUGGUCAAUAUUUUGUAAACUUUUUUGAAAUAAAUUAGCCUCCCGU